GUUUUCGGAGCCUGUGACGGAAAUGCAUUUUUGCUGUCAUAAUUGCAGACUCAUGAAUGUUUAUCGAGAACAGAUGAUCAGCUUUCUCUGUGUCCUGUGAGAUGUGCGACAGUUGUGUGUUACAGUGUGACAAGCGGAUUUCUACAAGUGUCAUGACACUUGUAAUACUAGCCAAGAGGAAGUAACUCCACAAUGGGAGUGCAGGGUCUGUGGCAGCUGUUACAGUCAACUGGGAAACCCAUCUCCCUGCAAUCUCUCGAAGGGAAGAAGCUUGCUGUCGAUGUGAGUAUCUGGCUGCACCAGGUGACGAAGGGUCUGCGUGACAAAGAUGGCCACCCGGUGCCCGGAGCUCACCUGCAGGGUCUGUUUAGUCGUGUGUGUAAGCUGCUGUAUUACCGACUCAAACCCGUGUUCGUCUUCGAUGGAGGAGUGCCCUCGCUCAAGAAACAAACCACUGCUCGGAGAAGAGAGAGGAAUGAGGCAGCUAAAGACGAGGCUCACAGAACUAAAGAGAAACUUGUGCACAAUUUACUACACAGCCACGCUGUUCGAAGCAUGCUGGGGACAGGGGGAGAGUCGGCAUCAACCGCGCAGUCGGCACCUGUUAAACACGACUUGUUUGAGUUACCUCCCCUCCCUGAGGCAGAUCAGCAGGCGUCUGCAGGCUCGAAGUCUGAAGAUGAAGACUUGCCAGAGGAUGUCUCUCAUUACCACCAGAUGAUUGAGGGUGAGUUUCAGAGUUUGGAAGAUGUUGAUGUGGAGUCGGAAGAUUUCCAGUCGUUGCCAUCGGAGAUCAAACAUGAAAUCCUCACUGAGAUGAAGGAAGUGAGAAAACGGAGGUGGACGAAUGCGGCUGAGUUACCACAGGAUGCGGAAGACUUCUCGUCGUACCAGAUGGCGAAGAUCCUAAAGCAGAGUCGACUGACAACGCGACUCGAUGCAGUGAGGAAGGAGCUGAACGUCGAGUCAUGUGGUGACGUCUCUCAUCACUUCGGCGAUGCGUCGGGGCAGAUCCAGUCGCAGAGAGUCGUAUCUGACGACACGUCGCACUACAUCCUCAUACAGGGAGUUGGCAGACACAGACAGGUGGAGGAAGACUCAAAACGUCAAGCUAGCACCGAGGAACAGGGUCAGACUUCCAGCUCAGAAUCUAACAAAGUUGAUGGUUCCAUCAAUACAUGCAAAGUAGCUACUGUGCUACAAGACAAUAUCAUAAAACAGCUAGACGAUAUUUAUAACUGUGAAGAACUCGUGGCUACAGCUGGCUCUGGCAAGACGGGUGGUGCGAAUGACUCAUCCCACGAAGACGAGUGUUCCACAGAGACCGAUGAGUUGUGUAAAGAAAGCAGUGAGGAUGAAAAUGAAAGAUUUAAGUUACCAGCCAACUGUGUGACUCUGACCAAAGUGACCAUCGUCAUCGACCACGAAAGAAUUCCGACCAAAGACACCGAUGAUGGUGGUGAAGCGAGCAUAAUAACCACUGUGCCAACGUUUAGAAACUGUGUCACGUCAAUCACUCACAAACAAGGUACUCAACAAAAGGUGUGCAGACAAUUUGGAGAUAAAGUUUUAAUGACGGCAAUAGAGAACACACCUGCACUGUUAAAUGAUGAAACAAAGUCGAUCAUUAGUGAUCCUGAAAUGAAGUCCAUAACAAGAAAUUGUGAAACGAAGUCUGAUGAAGAGCAUCUAGAAAACCAUGACAAGAUAAUCAUCACAUCUUCAGAUGAUUCUGCUGACGAAAACUUCAUUGAAGUUGUGGUGGACCCGCUCCAAGUUAAACGUGAUGACAUGUUUCCAGCGGCCAUGUUUGAACUGGAUAACAAAAUGGCUUCUAACAGCAGCGGAGGUGACAGUGAUGACAACAGAGACGCUGGAAUCAAAACUGUUACUGAGAGCAAAUCACCAUCAUGGAAGAAGUCUGGUUCACCACACGUUGAUUCAGUGGACAACAUUAGCAAGGAUAUUGAUUCAGUGGACGACAUUAGCAAGGAUAUUGAUUCAGUGGACGACAUUAGCAAGGAUAUUGAUUCAGUGGACGACAUUAGCAAGGAUAUUGAUUCAGUGGACGACAUUAGCAAGGAUAUUGAUUCAGUGGACGACAUUAGCAAGGAUAUUGAUUCAGUGGACGACAUUAGCAAGGAUAUUGAUUCAGUGGACGACAUUAGCAAGGAUAUUGAUUCAGUGGACGACAUUAGCAAGGAUAUUGAUUCAGUGGACGACAUUAGCAAGGAUAUUGAUUCAGUGGACGACAUUAGCAAGGAUAUUGUUAAAGUUGAUUCAGCAGUCGACAUUAGCAAGGAUAUCGUCAAAGUUGAUUCAGCUGUCGACAUUAGCAAGGAUAUCAUCAAAGUUGAUUCAGCAGACGACAUUAGCAAGAAUAUCAUCAAACUUGAUUCAGCGGUCGACAUUAAUGAGGGAAUUGUUGAUGUGGAAAAUAAGACUGAUGAUUUUAAAGCUAAUUUCACUGUGGAUGACCUAGAAGACUUACAAGACGAGCUGAGUGUCGAGAGGCAAACUCUGACAUCAGAACUCGGCAGACAGGAGCGACUUGCCACUUCACUUACAGACCAGAUCACCUCCGACGCUCAGGAGCUGUUACAGCUGUUUGGCAUUCCGUACAUUGUUUCUCCAAUGGAGGCAGAAGCCCAAUGUGCGUUUCUCGACAGCGCCAACCUGAUUGACGGAACGAUCACAGAUGAUAGCGACAUCUGGUUGUUCGGAGGUCGCACCGUCUACAAGAACUUCUUCAACCACAACCGACACGUCGAGCUGUAUACCAAGACCAAGAUCGACUCUCAGUUAGGUACGAGUCGUGAACAGUUGAUAAACGUGGCAUAUCUGUGUGGUAGUGACUACACUGUGGGGAUACCGGGGGUUGGCCCGGUCACUGCUCUCGAGAUACUGGCCGAGUUCCCAGGUGUUGGGAUCAGUGCACUGUGCGAUUUCAAGACGUGGUGGGAACAGAGUCAGAGUUCAGCCAAACCCACAACGAACAAGUUGAAGUCAAAACUCCGACACCUCAACCUCGAACCAGGUUUUCCAAAUCCAUCAGUGGCCGAAGCUUAUUUGAAACCAGCCAUUGAUGAUUCUACAGAGACGUUUACAUGGGGAAUGCCUGACCUUGACCUCUUGAGAAAAUUUGCCAGUGAGCGGAUGGGCUGGAGUCAACAGAAGACCGACAGUCUCGUAUUGCCUGUCCUCAAACAGCUCAACGACAAACAGAAGCAGUUGAAAAUCAGUAGUUACUUUCAACCAGAGAACUUUGUUGAAGUUCCAAAAAUAGUCAGCUUACGUGUAAAACGCGCACUGAACAAAAUCAACAUGAGUAAAGAUUCUAAACAAGUUGAAACCAAUGAAUGCAGAAAGAAAAAAGCUAAACAAAUAAUCUCAGCUACAAUUGAGAAGCGAAAACGUAAGAGUCGAGUUCGAGGCAAGAAAACCACAUCAAGGGAGGAUCCGGAAAGAGAGGAAAAAUCAGUGCAAAAGGUGAAAGACGAAGUUGAUCUUUCUGAGGGCAGCUCUAGUGGGGGUGAUUCUGAUGCAGGGACAGGUCAAGCAGUUGAUGAGAAUGUUUCUCAAACUCGGAGACAAGUUUCUGAGUCUGGAGGAUUUUUCCCUCACAAGGAUGAUUCAGAUCCUCGAACAGAAAAACAAUUAACGAAAGUUGGGAAAGGCAAAGGAAGAGGCAAAAAUAGAUGACAUUAAAUAUUUUAUAGGCUAAA